CUCUUCUCCAUUUUCAUUAUCCUCUUAUAAUUAUAUUCCCCGUUCCACUAUAAUCGUCCAAAGCAUUUCACGGAUCUUACCCCUGCUUCCCAUCCUGGUCAUGGGUUUUCCAGAUUCCAGUAGAUCGGUCGCCGAUGAAUCCGUAUACUGUGGUCUUACUGCUAUCGGAUUAUUUCGGGCUGUUCGGCAAAAGCUGAACGUUCCUUCUCCAUCAAAGGCGAUCUGCACAGUCUGAUCACUGAGAUUAUAGAUCGGUAGAUUAGGUUCGGCUCUGAGGUUGCCAACGAUGCUUUUUGUAUAUGUUUUCAUGUGUAUGGUGGAGUUCCAUGAAUGAAAAUGAUAAUUCUUUGUGCGAUGAGGUCUGCCGAAGCUUUGAUCUGGAGUUCUGGACCACUACUGCUAAAUCAAUGACUCUUCCGAUGAAGUUUGUUAUUCGGAGUUUCAGCUGCAUGAUUGAUACUUUUAUGUUAUGCUUGCAUAGUUGCAUCUGUAUAAGAAUGAUAUCAAAGGUAAAUGGUAGCGAUUAGUGUGCUGAUGAAAAUAAGAUAUGUCUGUUCUCUCAGACCUUUGCCAUGGUGGGUGCGCUCUCAUGGCAGGUCAAAUAACUUAAUAAAAUCUACAUUUUUCUGGUUUAGAGAGGAGAAGGUACGGGGUUUUCUCGGCUUCUCCUCUCUGUGUGAUGCGUCCUCUUUCCCUUUGUCUUCUCGCUACAGAUCUUAAAUGAGCUGCGAUUGCCAUGUUAGAUCUAGAUUUAUUCCCAACAAAUCAUCUCGGUACAAAGCAAGCAGUUCGGAUAAUUCUAAACCGCAACCAAGUCCUAUACUACCUGCAGCAAAGUUAACUUUGGGAUAAUUCACAACAGCUACAUUUAUCAAGGGCAUGAAGAGAGCAGAAAGUUCAACUAGGAAGUGUAUUUAGGACCAGACAGAGCAGUGGCGUAGCUAGGGGAGGCCAAGGCUUCCAGACGCCCAACCCAAAUUUUAUUUUUUUUUAUAUUUUUAGUGUAAAGUAUUCGAUGUAUUUUGGUAGUUAUACUAGUCCAGUCUGAUCUAGUGUCUUGGUUCAGUCCUUGAGCGCAUGUUUUUACUUGGACAAGAAUUUGCUACUUAUGUAUGGUUUGUUUAAACCUGAUUUGGUUAGAUAAAUGUCUAACCUUUAUGUAUUAUUACCUAUCAAAUUUGGUCUUGUGUGUUGUGAUCCGUUUAAGUUUGGUACGAGACUGAAAAAUCACUUUAUAUCAUUAUUAUUCUACAUGUCAUCCAGUUUAUUACGAAGUUUGAAGGAACAAAGUAUAGAACUAUUGUAUUUCAUUUAAAAUUUUGUUAACUUCUCUUUUUCUGUUAUCUAGCUUUUCAUUUUAAUUGUUCUUUUGAAGAAGUUUUUACUUGAUCUCAGGGCCGUAGUUAAGGAUUGCUAGCCCUAGUUCUGGCCUAGCUUAAAUUUUAAAAAUGUCUAUAUUUUCAGUAUAAAAAUUCUGUGUAUUUUUUUUCCGAAAAUAUUCUUUGUACUCGCCUAAUUUAGCACACUGCUCUGGCUUUGCCCCUGCUUGAUCUGCUUUUAGUCCUGACUAGUUCAGACUAAUCCAGAUUAGGUAGCAUUCUGUCAAUGUAAAAACAUUAUAACUUUUCUUUGUUGAUUGCCUCACUAUGAAAGCUCAGAGUUACGUUUAAAAGAGUGUUGUAUCGGUAUGAUUAUACAUGGAUUGAAAUUUGUUGGUCUGGUUUGGGUUUAAGGAUGUUUUUAUUCUGCUUGAUUUCAGGUCAUAUCAGAUCAGACCUAGACAAUUAAAAAAUACACAGGGAUUAGACAUUUUACGUGACCAAUUCUGAUGAGACUAGUUCAAAUCAGAUCAGAAAGUUCCAAUCAAAGUAAAAAUAUCAUAAUUUUGGGCAGAUUUGGUUUGAACAAAUCGGGUCCGGUAAAUGUCUGACUAUUGUGUAUUUAAUAACUACGAAAGUUUGGUUUGGUAUGAUUAAUUCUGGUCUGGUAUGUUAAAUCUGGUCUGAUUUGGAACUGAAAACCAUCUAACUAAAAACAUUCUUAUGCUUAUGUUAACAAAAAUUUAUUUUAAAGUUUUGGUAUUAGUUCUUUUUCAAAAUUAUUUCCAUUGUCCAACUAUUUUUUAUUCUUAUUUUGGUUUUAAUCAUCUAAAUACAAGCAAGUGUUAAAUUUAUACUGUAUAUCUCAACAUAUCACUGAUGGCAACGCCUUUGUGUGUGAUCUGCAUGUGGAUCUGCCAAUUAAGUGACAAAUUUUUGUGUCUAUGAUGAUUUUUCAUAAUGGUAAAUGUAAAAAACGUGUAAAUAUCCCCAUUCAUCAUGCUGGUCAGAAAAGUUUUUAUUAUGUUAAAUUAUUUCUUGAUCUAGUAAUGAAUUCAUAAAUAGGAACUCAUCAUUUAUCCCUUGCGAAGGAGUAAUUCACAUUCGCAAUUUCGUUAAUGAGCACAGUUUCUUUCGCUACAGUUAACCGAGGGUCUUGGUGAGUGUCUCAUACAAAAGUAGGGUUGGAUUCGGUUCGGGCCACCCGGCCUGUGACCCGGCCCGGUACAGUUCACCCAGAAGAAAGUUCAAAAUAUACAUGCCCAACAACUAAAAGUAGAGUAAACGUUGUACAAAAUAUAUAAAAAAUGAUCAAACCAUGAUGAUUUAACUGAAACUAGAGUUACGAGAACGACAAAUAUGUCUCCCCGAUGCUCAUAUACACCAAACAAUAUAUAUAUAUAUAUAUAUAUAUAUAUAGAAGAAAGUUCAUGUCCGGAAUUCCGGACAGGAAUCGCCGUUGGGACGGCGGCGUUUGGCCGCCUUUCUGGUGGAAUUUUUUUAUGAAAUUUUUGUGGCAUGUUCCUAAGACUAGUUUAUCCGCACAAAAAUUCAGCUAAAAACUCAAUCGGGAAAGUCGUCAAAUGAGUUUUACAAGUUAAUUGCGGUGAUUCCCCUUGACUUAAAGAAGCAGGACCACAAAAAAGGAUCGGUCACAGCUUUGCAUCAAUGAAAUGAAGAAAACAAAAAUCACAGAGCCACGUGGAUGACAGGAGUGACACGUGUAUCCUGAACGGUAGAGCCACACUCGGUUGUUGAUUAUUCAUCCAUAAAUUGUUGAGAUGUGGUGAUGUCAAUUUCUUGAGCUCUACGGGCCGCCUUCAAUCAAUGGUGGUAGCAUAUAAGCAUCUCAAGAGAUUUUGUGCUCAACCUCAUUCUAGUUUGUGUUAGGACAUUGCCAGUCGAACUAAAUUCUUGUUCCACAACAACUGUUGAAACCGGCAUUGAUAGCACAUGCUUAGCCAUCUUUGUUAAAAUCGGGAACAUUUUUCUUUUCCCUUCCACCAGUUUAGAACGUCAAAAUCAUCAUCUUCUUUAAAAUCAAUAUCAUAUGUUAAAUACAAAGAAAUCUCAUUAAUUGUGCUUUGUUGAGUAGUGAAAGUUGUUUUAGUUUUUCUAAUAAGAUUGGCAAAUGUAGAUUUCAGAAUUGAUUUUGCUUUAGAUGAAGAUGUUUGUGUCGGGGGAGGGGCGCGUUGCCAUAUUGUGCAUGAAACUCAUUAAAUAAUGCAUAAAAUAUAUCACUAACCUCGUUGUAUUCUUUUUUCGGAUCAAUUGUGUUCUCGUCAUACAUUCGCAAAGGACCAUAAAAAGUUUGAUAAUAAUAAUUCAAACAUUCUUCUAAAGAAUCAAGUCUUAAACGAGGAUCGAGAACAGAUGCAAUACCAUAAAUAUGCGGAAUAUGUGCAUAAUAUUUUAAAAACUUUUCCAUCAUAAAAUCAGCAAAAUAACUCACAUAAUCGGCAUUCCCAAAAGUUGCAAAAGUACCGGCGAGAUUAACAGCUUCACGAAUAAAUUGGUUUGAGGUAGGUUUAUAAACAUGACUAAAAGUUUCAGUUGCAUUAUAAAAAUAUAUCAAGGCAUUACAAAUUUUUCGCAGGUGUCGAUCUCAGCCGAGUUUAUAAUAUAGUUAUCAUAUUGUUUUAAAAAAGCAUGAAAAUGUUGUUUAUAUCUAAGUAGAACUGUCAUUAACUUAUAAAUAUUAUUCCAACGAAUUAACAAAUCUUUAGGAAAAGCCACAUAUUUCUCAUCUCUUUCUAUCAAAUAAUCAUGUCAUUUUUUUCUAAGUUUACCACUACCCCAAAUACAUCUAAUCCUCCCUUCACUACCUCCCAAGAAUCUCCUAACGCUUUUAGACCAUCUUGCACACAUAAAUUUAUAACAUGACAUGCAUAUCGGAUGAAAAAAUCUACUCAUCAAAGAAGUAGAACCACACAAUUCACGCAAUCUAGGUAUAGCAGCAGUAUUAUUAGUAGCAUUAUCAAUUAAAUUAUACUCAAUUAAAAUACGCUCAAUCAAAAUAUAAAUAUGUUCAGCGGUGUGACGAUCAUUAAAUUCACAAAAAGCAAGAACACAUUUAUGCAUAUUCCAAUCAUUAUCAAUAUAAUGUACAGUCAAACCCAAAUAAUGUAAAUUAUGAUAAGUAUCCUCCCAUAUGUCAGAACAUACAGUAAUACACCCAUCAAAGUUUGCCAAAUAAUUUUGUAACCUUACCUUUUCCGCACCAUAAAGCCUUGAAAUUUCUUUCUUAAUCGUUUUGCGACUAUAACCUCUAUAUUGAGGAUUUAAACAAGUUUGUGCAUAAUCACGAAAAGCAAGACUUUCUAAAAACAAAUAAGGCAAAAUUUCUUCAACAAGUAAGUUAGCCAUUCCAGUCAAAUUUUGUGCAUUAUUGUAUGAGAAAUUACCAAAAGGUUGUUGGUUAUUUGCAAAUCUUGAUAUUUGAGUUUGCUUCCUCGUUCCGCCGCCUAAUUUUGCAUACUCCAUCGGGUGUUUGGCCUUAAGAUGCCUUGCGGCGGAUCCGUUUCCACCGGAAAUCCCCAAGCUAUAAUUUUUCUUGCACCACUUGCAAGUUUAGUUCGGCCGACAAUGUCUUAACACAAACUAGAACGAGGUUGAGAGCAGAAUCUCUUGAGGGCGGCCCCUAGAGCUCAAGAAAUUGACAUCACCCCAUCCCAACACUUCAUGGAUGAAUCAACAACCGAGGGUGGCUCUACCUAUGUUGGAGAUUUCGACUGAAUAAUAUUUCAUGUUUUAAUUUUUACCUUCAAUUGUAACUUGUAAACUUGUAGUUCAUAUUUCAAAUAAAUAUACGUUCAUUUUUUUAUAUGUAGCAUUUUUUACUGAAUUCAUAAAAUUAAUUAAUUAAUUUUACAUUAUGUAAUUUAUUCAAACUAAAAUAAACAAAAAAAAAAUUGAAAUCAAAGGCCCCAAACGGCUAUAUAGCCGUUGGGCAGUUUGGUUGUUUGAAAUUUGAAUCAAUAGAGUCGUUGGGGUUGGGGGUGGGGUGGGUGUUGGGGGUACAAAAAUUUCUAUAAAUACUCCUAUUUUCUAACAUUUUUAUACACAUCUUCUCCAAUCUCCAAUCUCUAUUCUCCAUCUUCAUCUCCAUCUAUUCUAGUAUUUUCAGAAUUAUUAUAUCUACGAUUUUUAAGAUGAAAAGUCAAUAUACCGUUAUACGGUAUAAUUUUGAUACGCAGAAGGAUCCGAGGAUCGGGAUGUGUUACGCAACUUGCAAAUGGUGCGGGAAAAAGUGUAGCAUGGGGGGUUUCACGCGGAUACGGGAUGACAAGGAAACAUAUUAAGUCAUGUGACAAAGCCAAAGGACCAGGAGAAGAAACGUGGAAUGACAACUCAAGCAGGCUUUGUUGAAAAAGGUGUCAGUGUGGCUGUCGUUUUUUGGUAAGACAGUGUCAAAACUGUUUUUACAUGUUCCACGAAAUUGAUAUGUGUAGUGUUGGCUGUGUUCAUCUGGGGUUUUGUUUUUUGUGUUAUCAAAAUUUUGAGCUGGAUUAUCUCAUUGAUGGGGCACCCCCGGCACCCAGGCUCCCUUCGUCGGCACCUCUGUCCCCUAUGUAUGAAGAUGUUGAACUCGGUUGGUCCUUUGAAUCUGUUGAUGAAAACAGUGACGGUGUGGCUGUCAGUUGUUUUGUAAGACAGUGUCAAAACAGUUUUUACACGUUCCAUGGAACUGAUAUGCGUACUGUUGGUUGUGUUCAUCUGGGUUUUUGUAUUUUGUGUUAUCAAAAAGUUGAGCUGGAUUAUCUCAUUGAUGGGGCACCCCCGACACACAGGCUCCCUUCGCUCGUACCUCUGUCCCCUAUGUACGAAGAUCCUGAACUCGGGUGGGCCUUGAAUCCGUUGGUGAUGCUUCAGGUAACGCCCCAGGGAUGCCCCCCGUUGAUCUAACUGACCAUGUUGCCCUCAUGCGUUCCGUGCGGACGGUCUGUUUGAACAAGCGUUACUUCAACGCGGAUUUUGUUGUCGACUUGGGUUUCGGUUGGCUUGCUAAAUAGUUUUGGCCAGAUUUAAAUUUUAGUUUGGGGGAUGGGUUUGCCUAUGUUCAGGGGUGGAUGGUGCUGAAUGUGACUGAUGUACUCUUAUUUUGUGUUUGGCCCCCAAUUGGUCAAUAGUAUUAAUGUUUUGAAUGUUAUGUUGAUGCCUUUUAUGAUUUUAGAAUAGAUCUGUUUAUUUUCCAUUUGUGUGUGGUUCAUCCUUUUGUUAGAAAUCAAAUUUUUUAAAACUAUUUAUUUAUUA